GAAAUGUACAAAAGAAUGAAAGCAGUAUCACAUCUGCUUUAGAGAAGUAACAUGAAUAAGUACAACUUUUUGUUGUCCUUCUUUCUGUUGCUGAGUGGAGUAUCUGACUUCCACGAGUCCGUAACUACAAUGGCAGAUAAUGAACAGUCUGGUGAUGGCAUACCGUCUACUGUGGCCACCACAAUAGGAUCUAUUAGUUCUGUUUUAUUUUCAAUUUCUGCUAAUAAAUCAGAAGAGCAAAAUGCCACAACACCCACUGAAACUGAGGAUACUGCAAUGGAAAGUACUUCUGCCACAGAAAUGAAUGAGGAAGAGUCCGGUUUACAUACUGCCGUGAUAAUUGGAGUUUCUGUAGUGUUGCUCUUAGUCCUCUUGAUUAUCCUGGUCAUCUUUAUUGUAAAACGUCGCAAAAAGAAACAAAGGCAAGAAGAUGAGCUAGCAAGUGAAAAUGGUAAAAGUCCUAUUUUUGAAGAAGAUACACCUUCUGUAAUGGAAAUUGAGAUGGAAGAACUGGAUAAAUGGAUGAACAGCUUGAAAAAAAAUGGAGAAAGUGAUUAUUUGCCCCCUGUAAACGAAGAGAAAGAUUCUAACACCAACCCAAGCAGAUGUGAAAUAUCUCCCUUGCCUUUGGACUAUGACAUCCUCUGAAUCAGAAAGGCCCUAUCAUACUUUGAAGCCUUAAACUGCAGCACAAGACACAAGACUCAGCCCCAUGUUCAGAAGCUUCCAGAAGCCUCCUGAAGAACCCCAGAAACCCUUCAGCAGAUUCUCCAUAUUGCUUUCCUUUUAAAAGCGUGAGGCUGAAAAACGAAGGCUCAUCAACAGUUUAGACUCCUUAGGCACUAGAGCUAAUCAAAAUAAAGUCCGCGUUAUCUAAUAUAAAUCUUUACUGUGUGGAAGAAAGCAUUAAAUUAUUGCUGUAACAGAAUAAAGCUCAAGUCAGCCCAAUUUAUUUGCUGCUCUCCAAGGUCCUGGGGGUUUGGUUUUGCUCUUUCCCUUUUGUCUGUAGAU